AAGUUAAAUCCAUCUUUCACGACGAUUGAAAUGGUGUGGGGUAAACCUUCAAUUGAUCGGGAAUAGCGGCCGUUUCUCUCCAUUUUCAUAGUUUCAACUACCAAUGCUGACUUGGCUACGGGGUCCGAACUGCUUGUAUACCUACUGAUUGCCCCUUCAAUGGAAAUCAAUCCCUUCAGUACCCUUCAGAGGUAGAUAUCGAUCUACAUUGUCCUAUUCGCCUGUCCAUUCUGACAGGUCUCGGCUGUGAGACAUCCUUUUUUUUCGUCUCAUUUGAUUAAUACCCCCCAAUUCAGCCAUCAUGUUCAGUCGUAUUAUAGCCCGCGCUAGUCGCGGCACAACGUUCCUGAGAAAUCGUAAUUCGGCUGACUUGAUACGACGGUAUUCUACUGUGAGCGAUGAGCAGUCCUCUCUUCCUCUGGCCGGUUAUCGUGUUCUGGAUAUGACUAGGGUCCUGGCUGGCCCAUACUGUGCACAAAUUCUAGGCGACCUUGGCGCAGAAGUUAUCAAAAUUGAACACCCGACACGAGGGGAUGAUACGCGUGCUUGGGGGCCGCCUUAUGCCAAAUAUCGAGAUGCGUCUAAUCAAGAAGGCCCGGGAGAAUCUGCCUACUUCCUUGGUGUUAAUCGUAACAAGAAAUCCCUGGGUCUAUCAUUUCAACAUGCCGAGGGCGUAGAGAUCCUACAUAAGCUGGCAGCAAAAUGCGAUAUUCUCGUGGAGAACUAUCUUCCCGGAACGCUGAAGAAAUAUCAAAUGGACUUUGAAACACUCCAUAAGAUCAAUCCCGGCCUUAUCUACGCGUCGAUUACUGGAUAUGGCCAGACAGGUCCCUACUCUCAGCGAGCCGGAUACGACGUCAUGGUUGAAGCGGAGUUCGGACUAAUGCACAUUACUGGUAACCGAGACGGGCCACCGGUGAAAGUCGGCGUUGCGGUCACGGAUUUGACGACGGGGCUCUACACUAGUAACAGUAUAAUGGCUGCCCUGUUGUCACGGGCAAAGACCGGUCGCGGUCAGCAUAUCGAUGUCGCUCUAAGCGACUGUCAAACCGCCACACUUGCGAACAUUGCCAGUAGCUGCCUUAUCAGCGGGAAUAAGGACUCAGGCCGAUGGGGUACAGCUCAUCCGUCAAUAGUCCCCUACAAGUCCUUCAAGACUAAGGACGGGGAUGUCUUAUUCGGCGGUGGGAAUGAUAGGCUAUUCGGAAUUCUAUGCGAUGGUCUCGGUCGGCCGGAGUGGAAGACGGAUCCGAAGUACAGCAUCAAUUCGCAGCGGGUAGCAAACCGCGUGGAGCUCGAAGCCGAAAUCGAGAAGAUUAGCACCCAAAAGACAACUCAGGAAUGGUUAGAAAUUUUUGAGGGCAAGGGAAUGCCGUACGCGGCGGUCAACGACGUUCAGGGGGCGUUGAACCACGAGCAUACCAAGGCGCGAAAUAUGGUGAUUGAAGUAGAACAUGAGCAAUGUGGGCCGAUCAAGCUGGUGAACACGCCCGUGAAAUAUAGCGAGAGUAAGCCGAGAGUGCGGACCGCGCCGCCUACUUUAGGCCAACAUACGGACGAAGUUCUCAAGGAUAUCCUUGGCUUAGAAGCUGAUGAGGUGGUCACACUGAGAGAAAAGGGGGCCAUCAAAUAGAGUGCCUAUGUUACCUAAUGCGUGGUAUCAAACUCGAGGAUAGGUAAGUAUGAAGUAUCACUUGUCUUUAUGAGUAUAAAUAAAAUCAAGAUCACCUUAUCAAGUAAAGUGUAAAGUUAAAACGAAUAACGAAUCCUAAAUACGUAGAGG